UAAAAGUACGCUGGUCUCCGAGCUGCCUCUAAAGUUUAAGCUAACUUUCCUUAGAUCAGUGGUAGCAUUUUACAAUGCUGCUCCCUAUCAUAACCGCGGCGGCAGUAGGACUUGCAACCGGGUUGUUGUUGCAGAGGAUGUUUUACCCAUACAUCUGGCUGGAUUUGAUUUAUUACUUUAAGCUGCAGAGAGUCAAGCAGACGAUGAAAAGGAGAAUGCGCCAGGGGGUAAUCACUCUGCUGGACUGUUUUGUGCGCCAGGCCAAGUGUGCCCCCGAAAAGUCAUUCAUCAUUUACGAAGGAGAAACGUACAGCUAUGGAGACGUGGAGCGACGCAGCAACAAGGUGGCCCAGGUGCUGAACGCACAUAGCGGCUUGCAAAAAGGGGACACGGUGGCCAUGUUCAUAAGCAACGAGCCCGACUUCAUCUGCGUCUGGUUCGGACUUGCGAAGCUGGGCUGCGUGGUUGCUUUUCUUAACUUCAACAUCAAGUCCCGUGCCCUCGUGCACUGCCUGGGCGCCUGCGGGGCGAAGACUGUGGUCGUGGGCGCAGAUUUGUUUCAUACAUUAGAAGAUAUUCUCCCUUCUCUGUUACAAAGUGGAAUCCAGGUCUGGCUUCUAGCAAAAAGCUCAUCACAUCAAGAAGUUCUGACUUUGCUUGACAAAAUGGAAGAUGCUUCAGAGGAACCACUGCCUACAGAUUUAUGUUCUUCACCCAACAUUUUUUCAAACUCACUUUAUAUCUUUACUUCUGGAACUACAGGAAUGCCCAAAGCUGCUUGUAUUAGUCACCUGAAAGAAGUGAUGAGUAUGUGCUUUUUGAAGAUGUGUGGAGUUACAUGCCAUGAUGUUGUCUACAUCACUCUUCCCCUUUACCACAUGUCUGCUUCAUUGCUAGGGAUUGGAGGAUGCAUUGAACUUGGUGCUGCAUGCGUAUUGAAGAAAAGGUUUUCUGCCAGCCAAUUCUGGAAUGACUGUAAAAAGUACAAUAUCACUGUUUUCCAAUAUGUUGGCGAGUUGUGCAGAUACCUAAUCAACCAGCCCAAGGUACCUGAAGAAACGGCUCAUAAAGUGCGCCUUGCAGCAGGCAGCGGUCUUAGGCCAGAUGUCUGGAAGGAAUUCGUCAAACGUUUUGGAAACAUUAAAGUGGUAGAAUCAUAUGGCCUGACUGAGUCCAACAUUGGCUUCAUUAAUUAUACAGAUAAAAUUGGUCCUGUAGGGCGUGCAAGCUUUAUAAACAAGUGGAGCCUGCAAUUUGACUUUGUGAAAUACGACGUAGAAAAAGAAGAGCCAAUCAGGCGCAGAGAUGGCUACUGUGUGAAAGCUUGCAGAGGUGAAACUGGCCUUCUAAUUACACCAGUGUCAGUAGUCAGUCCAUUCCUUGGCUAUGCUGGAAAUAAGGAGAUGUCUGAGAAGAAGCUGCUGCGGAACGUUUUCAAGGAAGGGGAUGUCUUUUUCAACACGGGUGACUUCAUGCUGAUUGACGAGGAUGACUUUGUUUACUUCCGGGACCGCACAGGCGACACUUUCCGGUGGAAAGGGGAGAAUGUUGCAACAACUGAAGUGACAGAUGUUCUUGCAUCCCUGGACUUCCUGCAAGAAGUCAAUGUUUAUGGGGUUUCUGUACCAGGACAUGAAGGGAAGGCAGGGAUGGCAGCUGUCAUCCUUGGGCCUAAUCAAGUCCUAGAUUGCAGAAGUCUUUAUUGUCAUUUAAAGAAACAUCUCCCCUCCUACUCUUGGCCUCGAUUUAUAAGAAUACAGAAAUCCUUGGAUGUAACGGAAACAUUUAAGCAGCAGAAAAGCAAGCUGGUGCAAGAGGGCUUUGACCUAUCUAAAGUUACAGAGCCUCUCUAUUUUCUGGAUGAAUCUGAAGAAACGUACUCUCCACUGAGCAGCGAGGUGUUUGCAGAGAUUGUGUCAGCGCACAAGAGAAUAUGACACACAGGCAUGGAGUUUUGACAAUCAGAGCCACCUACCUCCAAAAGAUGUUAUUAAAAUGCUGGGCUGAAAGCAUGCAGCCUUGUCAAAGACUCAACUGGGUUCCUGUUCAUAUGAAUACUGUCUCAUCGUUAGUCUCCUUGGAGCUUUCAAAAGGAUAGUAUAUAAAUCACUCCUGUGAAACAAACUCUAUAUUUUACUUUACUUUUAAAUAAGAGUUUGCCUACAGCUUCUAGGUGUUUUUGCACUCCUCUGUAUUUAUAGACAAAUCAGUAAAUGCAUACAGGAUGUGUCUUUGAAAGAAAAUGAAGAGUAAAAUGUUUUCAGACAGCAGAGGCAUGUGAUUUUACCAGAAGUUAUUGUUAAUGAUAGAAGCAAAUGAGCAUUAGUUCAUAAGCAAACUGAACUGGUACUUAGUGGGGUAACAGGAUUUUAAUUUUGUAAGAAAUAUCUUUCCUGGAUUUUAUACAGUGUUUUCGUUAAUAAUUUAAAUGCCCUGGCAAGCAUUUGUACUGCAUUAAAAAGAAAAUGUCCAAUACUGUGCUGUUAAAACUAACAUAUUUAGUUGACAACUGACAUCCCUUGAUACGGCACAGCUUAUUUACACCCGCUUUCUAGUGUCACUAUUUGUUAUUGAAUCUGCUUCAAGUGUAGUUUUUAAAACGUAAACUAAAAAUUCAUGCUUCCUGUAAUGCACACUAUAUAAUUCAGUCAGUCAGUCAUUUUCCAACCCGCCAUAUCCUAACACAGGGUCACGGGGGUCUGCUGGAGCCAAUCCC